AUGGUAACAGAUGUAAAAAAUUCCAAUGUUAGUCGACAAGAAUUUAUUGAUUUACUUUGUCGAAUAACUAAGACAGACGACGAAGAUAUGACAACGAAUACUGAUAAUAAUAAUAAUAAUCAAAAUGAACCAGACGUAACAAUUAUUGAUGAUAAAUCAACAAUUGAAGAAGGUGAAAUAAUUACACUGGAUGAUGAUGAUGAUAUUAUUGUUGUUAAUAAUAAAAAAGAAAUUGAAGAUGGUGAACUAACAGAAUCACCAGAAUCAGAUAAUGAUGAUGUUGAAGAACUUAAUUUACGUCUAAAUGCUUUACGAUCAUUAGCUGGAGCAAAAAAACAAAAAACAAAAAAAUUUAAACCAAAACGUAAACGUUUAAAUGAUUCUAAUCGUUAUAUAAAAGAUGAUAUUGAUCUUCGUUCACCGAAUAAAAAUCGUUUAUCAUCACGAUAUACAAAUCAAACAUCAAAUAAUAAUGAUGAUCGAGAAUAUUUACUCGAUAAAGAUUAUCGACAUCCAAGUGUUUUUGAUAUGCUUCUUUCUCUUAUUACACCUGAUAAUAAUAAUAAUAAUAAUAAUAAUUCUUCUACUACAACAAAUAUUAAUAAUAAAAAACUUGUUGAUAAUUAUGAUAUUCAACAAAUGGAUAUUGUUGAUGAUCAUCCUAUAUCAAUAUCACAACCACCAUUACCUCCAUUUCCACCACCACCUCCACCAUUACCACCAAAUCAUUUACCAUUUUUUGAUCCAUUACCACCACUUCCACCUCCACCACCAUCUUUAUUUGAUAUGUUUCCUGCUAAUCAAACAUUUUCAUCAACAAAUUGGCCACGACCAAAUUUCGUUCAACAAACACCAAUAACAACAAUUCAAAAUGAUUUAUGGCAAACAUCAUUUAAUCAUACAACAGAUACUGAUCUUCGUGUUCAACCAAUAAAUAAUAAUCAUCAGCAUCAUCAUCAUCAACAUCAUUCAAUAAAUCAAAUUAAUGAACAAUUAUUACAUAAAAAAUCACAACAAGAAAGACGAAAACGUUCAAAAAAAUCUUCUAAAAAACAUCAUCGUGAAUAUGAAUUAUCAUCACCUAUUGUUAUGAUAAAUACAACAAAUCAAUAUAAAAAAAUACAAGAAAAAUCACCACCAUUAACUACUGAACAUACUCCUACUACUACUAAUAAUAAUAAUAAGGAUGCUGAUGAUGAUGAAGAAGAACGUUUAUUACGUGAAGAACUUUUACGUACAUUAACAAAUAAACGUAAAGUUAAAAUAAUUGAAAAAACAAAUCUAGAACCAGAACGUAUUGUUACAAUAGUACCAUCAGAUUCUCUAUCAACAAUUACGCAAACUAAUUUAAGUUCAACACCGAUUGUUAUUAAUAAACCAAUUGAAAAAUCACAAUAUAGUAUUAAUCAACGAUAUAAACGUGUUAAAGCUAAUGUAUCAUCAACUAAUUUAACAAAUAAAAUUGAAACAACAACAACAACUGUUGUUCGAACUACACAACCAAUUAUUCAAACACGUAAUAAAAUUGUUCGUGUACCUGAAACGGAUAUUGAAAUUCCACAAUCAAAUCCUAUUAUAAUUACAUUUGAUGAUCAAACAACAGAUGAUGAUGAACAACAACAACAAGAAACAGUUAAAAAAUCAAGUGAAUCAACAUAUGUUAUAUCUGAUGAAGAACGUUUAGCUAUUAAACGUUUACAACAACUUCAAGAAGAAGUUAUGCGACGAACUAAUACUUUGGAAUCAACAACUAAAACAAUAGUACAAAAAACUCAAACACCACCACCACCACCACUUCCACCAAAUGAUAUUAUUCAAGAAACAAUACCAUCAACUGAUGAAUUAAGUGCCUUAUUCGAAAAACGUCGAAUGUUACUUAGUGAACGAGCUAAAUAUGGAGAAAUUCAAGAAAAAAUGAAAAAGAAAAAAUUAGAAAAUGGAUUAUUAGCACGUGAUAUUGAAAGACUUGAAGAACAAUUAUUAACAAAAAAAACUCAAAUUACAAAUAAUAAUGCACUUUUACAAUAUUGGCAAAAAGAAGCAAUGUCGAUUGCACAAAAUAUUAAACAACAAGAAGAUUUUAUUCUUCAAUCAGCUGUUUUUAAAUCUGUUAAACCAAUUGCAUCAUCUGUUCCUAAACCACGUGCAACAAUUGAAUUUGAUUAUGCUAAUAUUUCAAAAGUAUUCGAAGAAAACAGUACACAAAUACUUUUAUCAAUACUCAUUUGUCCAUUAAAUUUUUAUCGAAAAUUACGUCCUUAUCAUAGUUGGUUAAAUGCCAUAUCGAAAAAACUUCCACAGUUAUCAACUGAAGAUAAUUCAUCUUUAUUAUUUCGAACACGUUCAUUUUCUACUCAAAAUAGUGAACAGUAUUGGAAGUCAUGUUUACAAUCUUAUUUUAUUGAUAUAAAUCAUAUUCUUUGUCCAUAUGAACUUCAAGGUUCAUGUAAAGCUCAAAACUGUAUUUAUCAACAUCAACAUCAAAUUUCUAAUCGUAUUGAACAAUUUCUUUCAUCAAAAAAAUUGAAUGAAAAUAAUAAACAAAAAAUUUUAAAUAAAAUUGAUAGUAUUUGUUCAUUACGAUCAUUUGAUAUCGAUUUAUCUAUAUUUGAAAAAAGAAUUAGUGAGAAACAAUAUCAACGAUGUCGAAUGAAACUUGAUCGUUAUCUUUCAAUUUAUCAUGAAGAUUUUCGAUAUUUUCGAGAUCAAUCAACUAAUGAUAGCCUUUCUAUUAUUCAUCCAAUACUCGUUAGUGUAUCAAAUCAACUUGAUUCAGAUGAUUUUUCACCUGAACAAGCUGUUGCUGAUUUAGUCGAGGGUCUUGAAUCACAACGAACUAAUGCACAAUUAUGGUGUCUUUAUCUUGAAUUGUCGAGUUGGCAAAUGUCACAAGAUGAAUUACAUCAUUUAUGUUUUGCUGCACUUAAAAAUGCACAAAGUUAUGAUUUAUUUUGGACUAUUUUUUAUUUAUGUACAAAUAAUAUAGAAGAAUUAAUAUCAAUUUAUUUAACAUAUAUACAAUCCGAUGAAUUUGAUUUUCAUAGUCGUUCUUAUGCAAUAUGUGAAUUAGCUAUGUUUCAUGCUAAUCUAACAAUAAAUUGUGAUCAAGCAUAUGAAAAAAUUAAAAAUUAUUUAUCAAAUUCUUUUCUUGAAAAUGAACAUCGAAUAUAUCUUAUCUUAGUUUUAUUAUAUACAUUUGUAUUCGGUUCAUUUCCUCGAAUUCUCUAUCAACAAAUGGAUGAAAAUCGAUUUGAUAAACAAAUAUAUCUUGAACCAUUUAUUUGUCCUUGGUAUGCACUAUCGAAUUAUUCACAUUCACAAGAUCAAAUAGAUAAAUUUUUUGAUGAUUUUAUGAAUUCGAUGGAAUUAUCAGAAACGAAUUUUGCUUUGUAUAUUAAUAAAAUUCAUUAUUUAAAUGCAACUAAGAGAUUUGAUCAAUCAAAACUGUAUAUUGAAACAUUAAUUGAAGAAUUUCCUUGUUCCAUUGAACUUUGGAUUGAACUUUUAUUAAAUCCAGAAAUAUCAAAUAAUCUUACAGAAAUUCUUGAACGUGCCAGAAAAAUAACUGGAAUUUAUUUUGAAUUUAUUUAUUGUUUGUCUUCAUCUAUAAAUAUUCAAUCAAUGUUAAAUAAUGAAUCGAUUCAAACGAAAACAUAUCGUGAAAAAUUCUUUUCGGAUCUUUGUCAUUUAUCGUUGGAUUCAAAUAAUGAAUUAAAACAAAAGAAAAUUGAACAAAAUCUUAUACGAUAUAAUGGAGAACUACGUGAUAUAACAAUUCUUGAUAUAUUUAAACAUUUUUCGAAUUUUUCAAUUAAUAUACAACGACAAAUGAUGUUAAAAAUUUUAAAUUAUCUAAUAAUAAAUAAUGAUGAUCAACAAAGAAUAUUAAUACUCUAUUCAUUUUUUCGAAUGAGUCAAAUUAGUCAUGUUUUUGAUAUUAUUAUUGAUUGUUUACUUUCAAUACAUAAUGAUCAAUAUGAAUGGAUUAUUAAACCAUUUACAUAUCGUUUAUUAGAUAUUUCAAUAAAAAAAGAUCAAAAUACGUUAAUAUGGAUUCGUUUUGAUGCAUUUGCUAAACAAUUGAUACAUAAUACUCAUUGUCAAGAGAUCUAUGUCACCAUUCUACAACGACUAAUUACAUCGAUGGAAGAUAAAAAUAAAAUUGCUCGUUUAUGUCGUCUAUUCGAAAAACAAUUUUCCAAUUGUGGUAUUAUAUCUCAACAACUUCGACAAAUCAUCUUCAAUUCGACAAUUAAUGAUACGGGCACUACGGCUACUUCAUAA